UUAUGUGAGUAACCUUUACAAUGUGUACGGAUUGAUGGUUAAAGCCUGUUUUUCGAAGGUCAAGGGUUCCUAUAAGUUUAAUGCACUGAAUUGCGAAAUUUAUGCUCCAGAGUUGGGUGAAAUGAAGCAAUGCCACAUAAAAGCUAUCGAUCGGAAGCACAACAAGAUUGACAUGGAGGCGGUUUUGUUCAAAACUAUAACAAAAUUUGAUAUUCACUUUAAAAUGGUCAAACGCGAAAUCGGAGGCUGGCAUCCGUUUAUGUACGAUAUGAAAGUUGAUCUUUGCAAAUUCUUUAGAAACCGAAGGAAGUUUUUCAUUGCCAAUCUCAUAUAUUCGUUUAUGAAGGAAUUCACAAAUGUCAAUCACACCUGUCCAUUCUUGGCUGGCGAAAGUUUGCAACUGGUGAAUUGGACUCCUGACGAAGCUGGAGUUUUAGCCAAAUUUCCAGUAGAUCCAGGCCAAUAUGGACUACAAACAACUUGGUACAUCAACAAAAUCAUGGCUUUAAAAAUAAAUGGUUCCAUUAUAUAUUUUUAA